UCGCAUUCCUCGUCUCUCAUCUCUUCUCCACUCCAAUGUCCGUCUCCUCCUUCCCUUCAUGCUUGGCCUCUCCGGCUCCUCCUCCUCCUCCUCCUCCUCCUCAACACCUCAAGCUCGCCUCCCCAUCCGAGUCCCUCAAGCUCUGCACCACUAUCAACCAGAUUAAACGCCUCCAUUGUCAUUUGAUCCGAGCAUCACUCAUCCAAUCCACACCAUGCAUCGACAGCCUCAUCGCAGCCUAUGCUCGGGUUUCCAAUCCGAUGAGCCUACGGUAUGCGAAGACCGCCUUCGAUCUCUUUCUGGAAUCCGAUGGAAAAGCUAGUCUUUUUAGCUUCAACUCGCUCAUCAGAGCAUACUCCUACGGUUCGCUCGACAUUGCCAUGGAUUACUAUCUUCGUGUCUUGGACCAUGGAUUAGUGCCGGAUCGCUUCACGUUUCCGCCUCUGUUAGCUGCUUGCACGAGAUCCUCGGGUUUUGGAGAAGGAGCUCAGUUGCAUGGGUUCCUGUUCAAGAUGGGUGGGGAUGGAGGAGUUGAAGGUGAUCUUUUUGUGCUUAAUUCUUUGAUUCAUUUUUACUGUGAAAGUGGAGAUUUUGAGUCUGCACAACAGGUGUUUGAUGGAAUGAGUGAGAGAAAUGUUGUAUCUUGGACGAGCCUUAUUGAUGGCUAUGCUCGUGGAGGUGAUCCUGGGAAGGCUGUUUCACUGUUUUUGGAUAUGGAGAAACAAGGGGAGAUCAUGCCCAAUUCGAUCACCAUGGCUUGUGUGGUUUCUGCUUGUGCCAAGUUGGGAGAUCUUGAGCUGGGGAAGAGGAUUCAUGCUUAUCUUGUGGAUGCUGGGAUCGAGCUUAGUUCAGGAUUGUUGAACACCCUGGUCGAUAUGUAUAUGAAGUGCGGGGUGGUCGAGGAAGCAGAGCGACUUUUUGAUGCAUGUUUGGAUAGGAAUAUAAUACUUUGGAACACGAUGAUUUCGAACUAUGAAAGAUUGGGAAUGGUAAGCGAUGCUAUUGGUGUUUUCAGUAAAAUGCUAGUUUCUGCAUUGAAGCCAGACAGGGUUUCUGUUGUUGCUGCAAUGUCAGCGUUUGCGGAGUUGGGUGAACUUCGUGUUGGGAGACAAUUUCAUGGUUAUGUUUUGCGUCAUGCCCUUGAUGAAUGGGAUGCUGUUGGUGAUUCAGUUAUAGACAUGUACAUGAAAUGCGGGGAGCUUGACGCGGCUAAUAAAGUUUUUGACAUGAUGCCAAACAAAGGUGUGGUCUCAUGGAAUACUCUUGUUGGUGGAUGUGUUCGGAAUGGUGAUCUAGACGCUGCAUGGGGGCUUUUCAACAUGAUGCCUCACAGAGAUCUUGUUUCUUGGAACACUAUGAUCAAUGCUUUGGCACAGGAUAGCCAGUUUGUUGAAGCUAUGUCGAUCUUCAGGGACUUGCAGAAGGCUGACUUCAAGCCUGAUGGUGUGACUAUGGUUGCUGUUGCUUCGGCUUGUGGAUAUUUAGGUGCUCUUGAUCUAGCCAAAUGGAUUUAUAAAUUUAUCAAUAAGAAUAAAAUUUCUUGUGAUGUUAAGCUAGGAACUGCAAUGGUUGAUAUGUUUGCUAAGUGUGGUGAUACAAAGAAUGCGAUGCGAAUAUUUGAUGAAAUGAAGAUCAAGGAUGUUUCAUCUUGGACUGCAGCAAUUGGAGCAAUGGCCAUCGAGGGGAAUGGCAAACGUGCUCUUGAACUUUUCAAAGAAAUGAUUGGACAUGGUCUGAGGCCAGAUGGUGUGGUGUUUGUUGGGGUUCUCACCGCUUGCAGCCACAGUGGUAUGGUUGAAGAUGGGAAAUGGUUUUUCCAAUCAAUGAGUGAAGUCUAUGCAUUUGCUCCACAAACCAUCCAUUAUGGUUGCAUGGUUGAUAUGUUUGGUCGUGCUGGAUUUUUAAAAGAAGCCCGGGCACUCAUUGAGAGCAUGCCGAUGGAAGCCAAUGACGUGAUUUGGCGAGCAUUAUUAUCUGCAAGUCGUGUUCACCACAACAUUGAAAUGGCAGAAUACGCAGCCAAGCAAUUGUCUACUUCGGCUCCUGAGCAAACCGGUGCACAUGUACUUCUCUCAAAUGCUUAUGCUUCAGUUGAAAGAUGGCAAGAUGUUGCAAAAGUCAGGAUGUUUUUGAAGGAAAAAGGGUUUCAAAAAAAGCCCACUGGUUCAAGUCUAAUACAGGUUCAUGGUAUAAUUCAUGAGUUCACCUCCAGUGAUGAGUCUCAUCCUCAGAUGGCUCAGAUAACUGAAAUGCUUCAAGAGAUGGAUCAAAAACUUAUGAUUGCUGGUUACAUGCCUAAUAUUAAAAAUGUUUUGCUUGAUGUCUGUGACGACGAGAAGCAACAUCUUUUGCGUCGGCAUAGUGAGAAAAUGGCAGUUGCAUAUGGGCUGAUCGGUACAUGUCAAGGAGCACCAAUUCGCAUAGUGAAAAAUCUGCGCAUUUGUCUCGAUUGUCACUCAUUUAUGAAGUUUCUGUCUGCAAUCUAUGACCGAGAAAUUGCAAUCAGAGACAAUAACAGGUUCCAUUUUUUCAGUAAAGGAAUGUGUUCCUGCAGAGAUUAUUGGUGAAUUCUUGGAUUGACAAAUAUUCCAAGACUACAACCAAUUCUGAAUCUCUAUAUCUGAUGAUCAUGACAUGGUUCAAAAUUGAAAUCAGUACAUGAAUUUGAAUGAAGUGCUAAAGAGAGAUGAGUGUGAACAAUGGCUUCUAUCUCCUUUGACACACAUGCUGUUUAUUAAGACGGUUAGAUUUGAAUCCAACGGUUGACAAAUUGGACGAUAAGCUAUCUCCAUUUAAAGAAAGUCAAGGGCUUGCACAGUUAAAGAGUUAUUACCUCCACCCAUCUGUUCUUUACCCUGUGGAAUCGAUCUCUCGUCAACUACGCAAGAACCUCACAGAGAAUUCUAGUGCUAAUUGAUUCGAAGGCCGUUGUCAAAGAUAUAUAUAUAUAUAUAUAUAUGGUAUAAUAGUUGAAUUGGUCCCUCUACUUUUCUCUCUCUUCUUUUUUGGUCUCUUUAUCCAGAAAUGCUCUCAAUUAGUCUCUCUACUCCUGAAAAUGGUUCUAUUUAGUCUCUUCCACUCUAAAAUAGGAUGAGGCUGUAUUUUCAAGAGUAAAGGGACUAGAUGGGAAGGAAUUAAGGGUAGAGAAACUAAAUUGGGUCAUUUUCAAGAGUAAAGGGAUUAGUGGGGCGCAUUUCUGAGUAGAGGGACCAAAAAGGAAAAGAGA